AUGCGGUUUUACCAAUCAUCCACUCUUGCUACCCUCCUCCAACUAUGUACCUUCAGUCUCGCAGCGUCUCCAAUCACCCUCAAUACUCCCAAUAACAUCUCCCUACCCAGCCCCGACGCCGCCAAUAGUCUCACCCUCAACCUAACACUAUCGACUCCACGAAAUUCCCUACCACCACAACCUUACAUCUACCGCGUCCCCCACUCCACCCUCAAGAUCAAAUUCCAAGCCUUCGGCCACCUGAUCCCGCCCUCCAACGUGGUGCUCUGCCUCCUCAUAGCCGCCAACGACGUGAACCUGCACUUCGCGUCGCCGCCCGCGGCCGUGGGGCCGGGUCAGCUCAAGAUCUCGUCGGCGACGGUGCGGCUGAACCUGUACCCGAAAACGCGCGACGCGGUCACGUGGGCGAAGUGGGGCGCGACGAACAUUGUUACACUCACUUGGCUGCGCACACAUCGGCUUUGA